UUCAAUCAUUCAUUCGUUAAUUUGAGGAAGUUUUGUGUGUGCGGUGAUGUUCGUAGUUCUAUUUUAUUUUUAAGUGAAAAUAUAAGUAAAUCUUUGACUUUUUCUUUUCUAAAGUGUACAUUAAUAUUGAAUAAUGGCGAUGCAACCACAUAGCAAGAAAAGGGUGUGCUAUUACUACGACAGUGACAUUGGAAACUAUUAUUAUGGACAGGGUCAUCCCAUGAAACCUCACCGUAUACGCAUGACACACAAUUUACUUCUUAACUAUGGAUUAUAUAGAAAAAUGGAAAUUUAUAGACCACACAAAGCUACUGCUGACGAGAUGACAAAAUUCCACUCUGAUGACUAUAUUCGCUUCUUGCGAUCAAUACGACCUGACAACAUGUCCGAGUACAACAAACAGAUGCAGAGAUUCAAUGUGGGUGAGGACUGUCCAGUGUUUGAUGGUCUUUAUGAGUUCUGCCAGUUGUCAGCCGGUGGCUCUGUGGCUGCCGCUGUCAAGCUAAACAAACAGGCCUCCGAGAUCUGCAUCAAUUGGGGUGGAGGUCUCCAUCAUGCUAAGAAAUCAGAAGCCUCUGGUUUCUGUUAUGUCAAUGAUAUUGUGUUGGGUAUCUUGGAAUUGCUCAAAUACCACCAGAGAGUACUUUACAUUGAUAUUGAUGUCCACCAUGGAGAUGGCGUGGAGGAAGCUUUCUACACGACAGACAGAGUCAUGACUGUAUCAUUCCACAAAUAUGGAGAAUACUUCCCUGGCACUGGUGACCUCCGGGAUAUUGGUGCUGGAAAGGGCAAAUACUAUGCAGUUAACAUCCCCCUGCGUGAUGGUAUGGAUGAUGAGUCUUAUGAAUCCAUCUUCGUACCCAUCAUCUCAAAGGUCAUGGAGACGUUCCAACCAAGUGCAGUGGUAUUGCAGUGUGGUGCAGACUCCUUAACAGGUGACAGGCUUGGUUGUUUCAAUUUGACCGUACGUGGCCAUGGUCGCUGCGUAGAACUCGUAAAGAGAUUUGGUCUGCCAUUCUUACUUGUUGGAGGAGGAGGAUACACAAUUCGUAAUGUGUCUCGUUGCUGGACUUACGAGACCUCAGUAGCUCUUGGUGUAGAAAUAGCCAAUGAGCUUCCCUACAAUGACUACUUUGAAUACUUCGGCCCCGACUUCAAACUUCACAUAUCACCUAGUAACAUGUCCAAUCAGAACACACCUGAGUAUUUGGAAAAAAUUAAAAAUAGGCUGUUUGAGAAUCUGCGAAUGUUACCGCAUGCUCCUGGUGUUCAGGUGCAAGCCAUCCCAGAAGACGCAGUUAAUGAUGAAUCCGAGGAUGAAGAUAAAGUUGACAAAGAUGAGAGAUUGCCACAAAGCGAAAAGGAUAAGCGCAUCACUGGUGAUGGGGAAUUGUCUGACUCGGAAGAUGAAGGAGAAGGCGGUCGUCGCGAUAACAGGUCGUACAGGACACCACAACCGCGCAAGCGCCCACGUUUGGACAAAGACGGAUCGACAAUCAAAGAUGAAAUCAAAACUGAAGACUCAAAGGACGACGUUAAGAACAUCAGCAGUGUUGAAGAGCCAAAGAAAGAAUUGCCGCCUAAUCCCUGAUGUACGCGAUAACCACCCGUCGCAGUUCAGUUCAUUGUCUCCCAGUAGAUAAUGAUACGUGCGAUGAGUCUACAAUGGUGUUUAUAUAAGCGCAAUAUCAGUUUUAUAAUGCUCGAUGUAGUGCUCCCUAAAUAUUGAUAUAUUUGGUACACACAGGAUUGUAAGAAAAUGUCUGCAGAUCUCAAGUUUUGUAAUGGUUAGUUCCUCCAUUGUUGCACUGGUUUUGUCAACACAAGUGGUCCAUGUUUUUUCCAUUACCCUCAAAUUAAGUAGCAAAGACAUUUUGUUGAAGUUAUAAGACAUAAACCCUAACAUGGAACACUUGAAUAAAGUACAUUCUGGUAUGUUGAUUGUAUUAUCAGAUAGCGGACGUGUGAUUUUGUUUUAUACAAAUAGUAACUCCAUCUAGCAUUAAGAAUUGUUUGUAAUUGAUAAUAAUAAUGUAGUUGUAAUCAAUAUUUUAAAUGUUUGAGAUUGUCAAUUUGGUUUUGAGACAUAAAUUAUUUUCUUAUGAAUUCAUUAGUUAGUUCUGACACUGAACAGUUUUGGAGAUACCAUUGUUAUAAAUGUAAUAGAUCUGCCUAUCGGUGGAAUUAGUAAUUUUACACGAUUCUCCGUGUAAGUAGUACACACUGCCUAUACAUUGUAUUAAAAAUCUUAUUUCUAAUACAAUGUAAAUAAACAACUUUUCACAUCAUAAAUAUUUGCCUAAAAUGUCAACCACCGAAUGCUUUCAAUUCAAAAUAAUUAUGUAGGAGUUAUCAUCUCGCUAGAUGUAAAUUAUUUUUAUAAAAGUGACAUUUCAGAAUAAAUUAUUAAAAUAGCAGUAAAAUACAAUUUUCUCUCUUGUAGUAUUUCUUCCAGGCGAAGCAUUUUUCGGUAUUAAAAUAACGAUUAAAGUAUAUAGGUGAGUUCAAUGUAAUGAACUAUAACAACGCGGCAGUUUUGUAGGGGCUGUAUCAGUUGAUUGACUUAACCUCAGGACACCCCUACGAAGCGGUUGCAUUCCAAAUAUUAGGAUUGUUAGACUAGUUAUCUUCGAAUGUGUUAUUGUUUCCGCACUUGCAGUAGUUAUUAAAAUAUAUAAACCAUGUUAGAAAAAUUCUGUACAUACGAUUAAGCAAUACGUUUUCUGCAGUUAAAAUGACUAUCAACUACUUAAUUUCAUGUUUCGAUUCUGGGAGUUGAACAUUUAAAUAGUCGCUAUUUAUUACAUUCAAAUCACAAACAUUUUGUACAACCGA